AUGUGCGAGCGCUUUCACAGACAGAUGAAGGCUGCCAUCAAAUGCCAUGCGAGCGAGGAUUGGGUUGAAGUCCUGCCCCUGGUUCUUUUAGGAAUCAGGACGGCAUGGAAAGACGACUUGGCCGCUUCCACCGCGGAAUAUGUGUACGGUCAGCAACUGCGCUUGCCAGGGGAUUUCUUUGAAUCCUCGGGUCAAGAUGCGCCAGCUGAUUACACAGACUUCCUCACUCGCUUGCAGCUUAUAAUGCGCAAGUUACAGCCUUCACCAGUGGCUCGCCAUGGUACGCAUAAAGUGUUCGUACAUAAAGACUUGGCUACGUCGACGCAUGUAUUUCUACGCAAUGAUGCCGUACGGAAGCCCCUGCAACCUACGUAUACUGGGCCUUAUCAGGUGAUUGAACGGGGAGACAAGUUUUUCAAGAUCCUUCUUAAAGGUAAGCCAAAUAAUGUCUCCAUCGAUCGGCUCAAGCCCGCGUACAUGCUAGGCGAACCCGAUCUUAGUCCGGCUCCUAAUCAGCAGCUCGCAGCGCCACCGCCAGCAAAGGCCGAACGCAGAACUCGCUCAGGACGUGUUGUACGUUUCCCUAGUUACUUGUAA